UAUGUAACCCAUGUGCCCUGGAACGAAGUUAGACAAACAACAUCCGUGUGCAUGAAACUAACUUCCUCCUGUGAUGGUGAAGGAAACUUUCGUGUGAGGAAAAUUGUUAUUCGAGGAUUUUUUUCUUGAAGAUAUUCUCAACAAAAGAGCACAACGCAACAAGAAAAGGCACAACAUGCACACAGACGAGCCGCUGAGAGACGUCAAUCCUAGACAGGUGAAGGUGAUUCAUUUCUCUAGUGGAGAGACUCUGACAGAGGAUGACAGUGAGGAAGAAGAGGCACAGCAUCAGCUUCAUCAAGCACCCAGUGCUUCUAACCGGGGAAACUGGACAUGGAGGGAUUAUUCUCGGGUUUGGGGAACACAGAUUUUGAGAAAGUCCUUGCGAUUUUGUGAUUUUCUUGGAGAGAAAAUGGCUGGUUUGCUGGGUCUGAAUACUGCUAAAUAUCAGUAUGCUGUUGACCAGUAUCACAGAGAACAUAAGAAUGAAACAGAAGGAGAAGUUUUGUCUGCAAGCACCAGUGUGAAUAAUGACGAGAGAAUUAACCUGUCAAAAACUGUGAGCAAACAGUAUGGAGCCACAAAUGUGCAGGAACAGACAGAACAACAAACCCUGAAAGAAACGCUACGAUAUAAAGGGGAGCAGAACGAAGGAUACAACUCUAAUGAAUAAUGGAUCUAGAAGAUCUAAAAGAAUGUGAAUUUUUUCAUUUCCUUGAUCAAUAUAUGGCCAUCAAACUAAGCAUUGAAGGUAUUUCUGAUAAAAAAUAAAAACAUUUUGGUUCAAGGACAUAGGUUUGAUUUUGGCAUUGGACAUAACAGCAGACAACAGACAUUUAAUUGCUUGAUCAAAAUGAUUGCUAAGGACAAUUUAGUUGUCACUGGAUAUUAGUUGGGAUGUGUCUCUAGCAUCCCUACUAAAUUCUACACUAUAUUCUUCUAAGAGAAUAUAGGAAAAUAUAACUUAAUUUGUGUUUUCUGAUGUUCUGUUUCUUUAUUGGACCAGUAUGGAAACUAUCCACAGAAAAAAGUACUAUCCACAAAUUAACCAUAGCAUUUGUAGUUAAACUCUGUUUACUACACUUUUACUAUAAUAAAACCA